AUGCUAGAGUCUACUCAAAACAUAGACCAUACCGCCGCCAUUCCGCCUUUGCAGCAAGACUCGACCACAGCAACACCAGCACCACCACCACUACUCCCAUCCCCCACCACUCAGGUACCACCAUCCUGGCUGACGGCUGCCUCGGCUGUGGCUCACACCGUCCGAAUCACACAUAUACCCGGCCGCAUCGCCGCAGCUACAGCACCGAGUCUUCUUGCGCCAGACACGAGCGGGAGGAUCCACGAGCAUCUUAUCAGCGAUUCUGAUUGUAUCGCUGGUCAACUCGCCUCGGCGUACUACGAUGCCGCUGCCAUGGCACCUCUGAAUCCGUUUUCCAAGGCCGCCAUACAUCGUCUGCGCGCUUACAAGCCGCCGCCUUUUCCGCUAUGGGACCGUCUUCCCGUGCGGAUGCGCGCCGCCGUCUUGAUCCUGCUCUAUGCUGAUCGUUUUGGAGACUUGCGCGUCGUCAUCACCAUGCGAGCCGCCAGCCUGCGCAACUUUUCCGGCCACGCCGCCCUUCCCGGCGGCAAAGCCGACUCUCACAACGAAUCACCUUAUCAAAUAGCCCGGCGCGAAGCCUGGGAGGAAAUCGGCCUCCCCGUAGAGGAUCGCAAGAUCCCACCGCCCUUUCGUGUCGAGAAACUCUGCUACCUGCCGCCCUUUUUGGCCCGCACCCACGUCGUCGUCACCCCUUGCGUGGCGUACCUGCACGCCGACGCGCCCGGCCCCGAGGGGUCACCUCCCGUCGUGGAGCACACGCUGGUGCCGACGCUCGACGCCAGCGAGGUCGCGGCCGUCUUCACCGCGCCGUUUUACAACUUUCUCAAGUCGCGCGACCUGCCGCCGCAGCCCGGUCACGUUCUGCCCCCCGGCCACUGGUACGACGGCGCCUGGAUCAACUGGAAGGACGUCGCCUGGCGCGUGCACAACUUUUACGUGCCCGUCAACAACCAGCACGUGUCGCGGCCGGUCCAGGGCAGCGCCGCCGUCGAGGAGACCAAGCAGGAUAUCGAUUUCGAGGGCCGCUUCAAGGUCUGGGGCAUGACGGGACGUGUCAUGGUCGACGCUGCGCGCAUAGCCUACGGUGAGCCUCCCGAGGUGGAACACAACCCAGGUCUGGGUGAUGCCGACAUUAUAAGGAUUGCAGAAAAGGAUGGUGCAUUCGAAGAAGCGGCUGGCAAGGGACCUUCAAGGAUAUAA